CGCCCUGCUCACAUUCCCGGGCUCUCCACCUCCUGACAGCUGUGACCCUGUGACCUUGGAACCCUGGGGCAGAGAUGGCUCCCCCCCCCCCCCGGGUUAUUUAUUUUCCCAGUAACUUUGUGGGAACUACAGGAAGAGGCCCCAUUUCAAAUAAACCAACAAAAAUCUUUCUUUGGUUUUGGAUGGAGUGGGGGGGGGGGGCGGGGGCAGAUGCGGGUUCCUGAGGGGUACGGUGUCUGGGACCUUGGAUGGUGUGGGUCCUGGGGUCAGAUGUACAGGUCCCUGAGUGGGGCAGAAUCCAUGGCUCGUGAGGGGUCAGGGUUGUAUCGGGAAACCCCUUAGGUGGGAUGAGUGGGGUGAACCUGGGAGGUUCUGCUAACUGGCAGGCUAGGGAAGAAGGAGUUAAGUGGUGCUGCUGCCACCUGAGCCGGGCAUCAAAUGACCUGAGUCCAGUUCUGCUAGUGAGGAGGUGGAGUUGAGCCUGCCCCCAGGCCUCUGGCUGCCUCAGGCCUGUGCUCCCAGCUAUGGCCCUCCCCCCACCUCUGGGCCCUAGAUUCCCCUCAGAGCCCCUCAACUACCCCGCUGGAGCCCCUAGGGAACUGGACAUUGCUAGAUGCACCAUCUGCCCUGCAUCUGGAGAGAAGAGAAUCAGACCAGAACAGGCCCAGAAACUGGGGCAAGACUCCUUGGACCCUCCCGAACACUUCCAGGGUGGGCUGAGGGGCACUGAGCCUGCUGCUGGUCCCCUGAGAUUGCCAGCACCCUCUUCCAGUGAGGACCCAGCUGGGGGCAGACACCGUGAGACCCCCAGGCCCCUUAUGUCCACACUUCUAGGAGCCUUGAAAACCUGGAGAUUCUGUCCAGGCCCGACUCCACUGGGAAGGACUCCAGGUGGGAGCAGCCCUGGUGCAGACCAGAGAUGGACUCUGCUACAGAAGGAGCCUGCAGAAGAGGGGUGGCAAUGGAAGUGGGGGCAAGGUCUGGGUUGGCCCACCGACCCUGACUCAGUCCCCUGUGUUCCCCAGCACCUCAUCUCUGGCCAGGAAGUAUUGGAGGCUGAGCAGGACAGCCUAUCCCUUUGCCUGUUGGGGCUGGGCCUCCGGCUGCAGGACCUAGAACAAGGCUUGGGGCCCUGGGCAUCAGCCCAGAGCGGGAUGGUCCAGCUGCAGGCCCUACAGGCAGACCUAUGUGGAGCAGCUGAGCGUGUAGAUGCACUGCUGGCAUUCGGUGAGGGGCUGGCACAGCGGAGUGAGCCUCAGGCCCGGGCAUCCCUGGAGCAGGUCCUGAGGGCCCUCAGAGCCCACCGAGAUGGCAUCUUUCGGCGACUGUGGUGGCUGCAGGCCCAGCUGGUCAGCUACAGCCUGGUGUUCGAGGAGGCCAGUACACUGGACCAGGACUUGGAAGUUGAGGGGGACUUGGACGGGCCAGGACCUGGUGGGGCCUGGGGGCCCUGGGCACCCAGUGGCCUCCCUACUCCUGCAGAGUUGGAGUGGGACCCGGCAGGGGAUGUUGGAGGCCUCAGGCCCUUGGGGCGAAAGACAGCCUGGACACCAGGAGCUCCCUGUGAGCUAUGUGGCCACAGGGUCCCCGAGGGCAGGGGACAAGGCCUUGAGGUGAGAGCAGGACAUGCUCAUGUCGGGCUUCAGCCACCGGAAACACUUAGCAGGUCAGCGAAGACGCUCCCUGCUCCGGAAGCCUCAGGACAAGAAGCAGGCAUCUCCCAACCUGCAGGAUGUGAUGCUGGAGGUAGACCCUGGAGCCCCUCCUCCUGCAUCCAGGUGGUCCCUGACCUUCCUCAUUCUCCUCCUCUUCCUUCUCCUCGUGGGUGCCACAUUGCUCCUGCCACCGUCAGGGGGGUCCUGCUGCUCUCCUGCCCGACUGGCCAGGACACCUCAUCUGGUGCUCAGCUAUGUCAAUGGUCCCCCCCCAAUCUGAGAACAUGGCCCAGACAUAUGUAAUAAAUGGUCAAUGUCCAA